AUGGCCCGCAAACUGGCCCUGCUCUUCAUAUUGAUGCACUCACUCCAAAUCCUCGCACUUCCAGCUCCCUACCAAAACUCAAUGGCAUUCAAAUCCCAUGCGUCGACAAAUACCUACAAUCACCGAUACUACUUCCCGGAAAUCCUACCCGAUCAAGAUGAAAUCGCAGCAAUGUUGAAAGAAACAGCCAUGCGCGAAGCAGGCUUCGUACCCUCCUCAAACCGAUCACCGUCAAACCCGAAGCCGAACUCAAAGGAUCAUAAAAUGGAGACGGAUACGGGGCUUCGAAAAUCACCGGAGACGGGUAUGGAUCCUGCGAUCGGCAGGGAUGCGACACAACCACACCCGGAUUGGCGCACAAACCAGAACACAAAGCUGAGGCAGACUCUGUCUCAGUCCCGUCUGAAAGAGUCCGUCGUGGCCGCGUUGGCAUCGAACGACUACCCGAUUUACUGGCGUCCGUUUGAAUUCAUCGUUGUUUCGGCUGCGAUCGUAUGUUUCUUUACCGUUUUGAAGGGGAUCCGCGCUAAGAAGUGA